AUGGACGCGGAGGCCGCCCGUGGAGCCGCAGGCAUUUACCCCGUGGAUAUUUUGGAAGACGACCCUGCUGGGCAUCAGGAAGCGACUCUGGCUUACUAUGCCAUGCUUGGGGAAGGAGCGGGGCCCUCACCACAGGUUUUCUCUCUUCCCACUGGGGAGCAGGUUAAACUUGAAGCUUCGUCUGUUUGCUUUUGCACCAUGCACCGUGAUGAACCUCAACACAAAAUCUUGGUCUUGGUUAAUCCCCAGGAUACAAAGACAGUUGUGGCUGUUUAUGUGAAGGAGUCCUGGUGGACCACUGAAGAUGUACUAAGAACCUCUAAUCCUUCAAGAGAAGGUCUGAUGAAGGUUCAGUCAUUUGGGGAAAGGAUUGUGCUUUUCAUUCUGAACGUCGUUAUUUUUGGAAGACUAGAAAGGAAUUUGGAUGAUGAUGACAUGUUUUUUUUACCUCACUCCGUGAAGGAGGAGGCUAAGAUUCUGUGGCGAGAUGGAGCAGCUGUUGGAUUUUACGCAACCAAAAGGAAAGGCAGCCUGUGUGGCGACGGCACGAGUUCCUGCUACCUCCUGCCGGUUUUCGACACCGUGUUUGUCCGGAGGAGCCACCGCCGGCGGGGCCUGGGGCUAGCCAUGCUGCGGGACUUCUGCCAGACGUUCCGAGAUGACGAGGCCUUGGGCAUCAGCUGGCCCAUCUCACCCGCCAUGUACCAAGUCUGCAGGAAGUUCCUGGUGGCCCACCCAGCCGAGCGGGGGCGCCUGUGGGAGGUGGAGCCCCCCGGAGCCUGGGGCCAGCGAGGCAACAUCUGGCUGAAGGUUCAGCUUCAACAGUCAAGACAACCCGACUCUCACCCAGGACAUUCCAAGGAGGCUGUGGCUACUCGUGGGCUCUCAGGAUGA